CAUCCUCACAUGGAACUUGCAGGACCUCGCUGCUGAGCCUGUGGCCUCCGCAACGUAAAAGCCAGUUCGAUCCAACAACCUGCUCGGGGGACGUUUGCGCGAGGAACCAGCCGCACUGCCUCCCUGCCAUUCUUUUCUCCCUUUGGGAACCCCCCAUGGAGAAGCAGCAUUUCGUCGCUGCUCCGUAACCCCUCAGCAUACAUCAUCUUCAUAUCCGGCAUCAUGAGGAAUCUCACGCUAGGCAUUGCGCCUUCGCUCGACGACCUGAUCCUGCUCCCCCACCGCGCUGCGGAGCGGGCGAAGCAGUUCGCCUAUUACUACGGACUGGACGACAUCUUCGGCCGCAUCAAGGGAUCCGGCGCUUUCAUCGCCGAGAAUACGGGCAACGCAAGCAAUGUGUCUGCAAGUUUGACCAAGGAAGCGCUUGCGAAGAACACAAUUGCCGAGGCUGCUCUAUCUGCCACCAAUGUAGCGAAGGCGAGUCCCGGACCUCGUGUAGCCGCCGUGGCGACGGGUACAGGUCUCGGAGGAGCAUUCUCACAAGGACUCAACGAGACGGGUGUUAGCAGAUUCGUCAACGCUCUGUGGCACGCCUGGCGAAAUCUCGGUGGCAUCCUGCCGUAUGUCAUGUCAAAGUGGGCCUUCAUGACGGUUCUGAUGAGCUUCGUUGUCAACCGCACCCAGUUCUACGCUUCCUCACGUGUUCCUUUGCAUCUCUGGUGGCCUGUUCGAUUCGGUCUGUUCCUGGCUCCCAUUGCGGCUGUAUGUAUACAGGUGUUGUGGCUGCUGGAAGGCAUGCGCUGCCAAACCUCUCCGGACUAUGCCAUAUACAGAUACGGCAAUGCGAGCAAGGUCUUUGACUUGGACUACGGUGGUGAGGGCGGGUUUAUCUAUGCUCUGAGCUCGUCGCUGACGGCUUGGGAGACGGAUUUCGAUGCUUGCGUCAACGUGGGCAUGUCUAAUGCAGAUGGGGUCAAACCUGUCGGAUCUCUUAGCUUGCUUUGGCCGCUGUUUCUAUCCUUGUGCCUAGGAGCAUUCACAGAUACGCUGUCGAGUGCUUUGCAAGGAAGACCGCCCUUGUCGGACUACAAUCUCCUCGAGCUCUCAUUUGCUUUCAACGAGGCCGAAGCCAUGGUUGUUCGAAUAUUCGAGGCUGCACUGGCUGCCUCCGAAGACCACGACGUGAACAACUUUGAUCGAAAGCUUCUGGUGCGUGCUACGAAUACUUCGCCCGAUAUGCUUCUCAUCGCAGCCAUUUGGGGCCUUAGCAGUCUGACAAGCAUGCUUUUGGGCAUUUUCGGCAAGCGCCACCAGUACCGUCUAUUGAACACUGGCUUUUGGGGUAUCGCGUACUUCGCUGCACUAUCGCGCAGCAUUGUCCUAAUGUGGCUUCGGAUGCCUGAACAGGAGGCGUUUUGGAGCGGCCGUAUCCCAAUGAUUCUGUUGAUGGGCUUCGUGCCACACUUUAUCGUUGUUACGGGUAUGGUCACAUGUGCUUUGAUUUAUGGGGCUGCCCUGAUUACAACUGCACUCUCACUUCCUCCUGCGGCCGGCCGUCCAGCAUCGUUUAGAGAGGCGCUAUCCAUAGCCUAUAGUAACCUACAGGCCAACGUUCACUUCUCAAAUGUUUCGUCUUUCGGGUUCAGGAUGACAGAUGAUUUUUACACAGCGCUUCUGAACACAGGAUUUACGCUUUUGACCGCUGCAAGUGAAGCCGUCUACCUUAACGAGGGCGCGAAGGUGCACGUCAGCCAGCUGACAUGGCUCGAGAGGAAGAGGAUAAAAGAGCUACAGCAGGGCUUGUUAUUUAAACGGACACGUCAAGCGAUUCCAACCGAGUUACGCGCAGCCAUCAAUGAUCGUGUCGAGGCAGCAAUGGGCAACCCUCAGCCCUCCGGCUACAGCGUCGAGCGCAAGAUCCGAGGACAGGAUCGUGAAGAAGUGCUUGCCGUUGUGAAGGGUAACGCCAGCUUGCCUGUUGAGCGGGGUUCGCGCUACAACAUGGCUCUAAGGCUUAUUAUUGGCACCUUCUGGCUUGUUGCCGGUUUCAAUGCGAAGCUGAUAAUCAUGUCACUUGAGCUUCUUGGAAUUACCUGGCGUCCCAGAAUCCUCCGCAGACUCAUGGGGACCCCAAAGCAUCGUCAUAAUGCGGAAGACCCAAUGCGUAACAGGCAGGGACGCCGUAUUGAUCUAUUAGUUUUUCCAGACGAUGAGAUUGUGCAAGUUGGUGGAAACCCCAAUAUUGAUAUUGAAGCCGAGUUCAAGAAACACAGCGUGCCAGACGCUGACGUUGAUGACAGCAUGUACACGUGGUGGCGUCAAGGUGGAUAUUGGGGCGAAAUAGACACAAGCGGCGAAUACACGCCAAGUCAAAUGGAUGAUGACGCAACAAGCAUGAUCUCUAUGUCUACGGAAUGCGCAUCUACAGAUGGGGACGAAUGGUCAGACAUCGACGAUAGUGGCCGCCGAACACCCACCCAACGUAAUCCAUAUCCAUCAAGUCGUGAGGCAACGCCCAUAGAGUAUGAUGGCGCAUUUGACAGCGAACAGCUGGCUCGACUUCUUGAUCCCAGGAACAAGGAUGAGCAGGAAGAAGCCCGCAUUUUGGCGCGGCGGCUCAGGCAUCGCGGUAUCAUGACACGUUCGCAAUACAACCGCGAGAUGAUGAAAGAGCGCGCUGCUCUCUUGGCAUCCUCUCGAUACGGCCAACAUGUUGCUAUAUCGCCCAACGGCGGACUUCUCUCCCCAGAGGAGGAAGAAGCGGCACUUGAAAAAUUCAUUCUCGAGCGUCGAAGCCAAAAUAUGCGAAAGAGAGACUCCAACGAGGAGGACUGGGCUUCGGGUGCAGCGGGCAUGGGCGCUUCGGGACCGCAAUGCGUUGUCUGUCAAGACAAUCCACGCACAAUCCUUCUUUGGCCUUGUGGUUGUUUGUGUCUUUGCGACGACUGCAGGGUUAAUAUGGCGGCGAGAAACUUUGGGAGCUGCAUCUGCUGUCGGACUGGGACAAUGGCAUAUUCAAGGCUCUACGUUCCAUGAGAGGUGAGGCUAUGUAUAUUUAAGGAUUAUGGACUUUUGCAUGCGUUAGGAGUUUGCUAUUGUUAACCGAGAGUUGAAAUUGAGCGGCUUAUAGACUCAGUCAUAAUUCUGGCCUUCAUUAGAUCGCGACUAGAAAUGCAACGGCAUAUUCCGCUUCGUCAAUA